ACAUCUUCCAUUUUCAUCUUCAUCACACUCUUCAUUUCUCACUUCACAAAACACCGAUUUCAAUUUUCAAUCUCGCAAUGGAUACUUCCCCAAAAUCGAAGAAAGGAGCUGGAGGAAGAAAAGGAGGAGGUCCAAGGAAGAAGUCAGUAACCAGAUCCACUAGAGCCGGUCUUCAAUUCCCCGUCGGAAGAAUCGGCCGUUACUUGAAGAAAGGUAGAUACGCUCAGCGUGUUGGUACCGGAGCUCCGGUUUACUUAGCCGCCGUUCUUGAAUAUCUUGCUGCUGAGGUUCUUGAAUUGGCUGGAAAUGCUGCACGUGACAACAAGAAGAAUAGGAUAAUCCCAAGGCAUGUGUUAUUGGCUGUGAGGAAUGAUGAAGAGCUUGGAAAAUUGCUUGCUGGUGUUACAAUUGCUCAUGGUGGUGUUCUUCCAAAUAUUAACCCAAUUCUUUUGCCUAAGAAGACUGAUAGAUCUACUACUGCUAGUAAGGAGCCAAAGUCUCCAAAGGCUAAGAAAUCUCCUAAGAAAGCUUAGAUUUAGAUUCUAGGGUUGGUUAAUGAAUUAGUAUGAAUUUUGUGCAUAUCUAAGCUUAGGAUCCUGUUAUUUAAUUUGGUUGAAACAAUGUAAUUUGGAUCUCAUGUAUCAGUUUAAUUCAUCAAUGAAAACAUCUUUGUUUUUAGAAA